AUGUCAGACCUUAAAUCAUAUAUAAUUACGUUAAAAGAAUCCGCUAGCGAUAGCGACAAGUCUCAAAUCAAAGAGAAGAUCCAAUCUUUGGGUGGAAACGUCACUAGCGAAUUUAGUUUGAUCAAUGGAUUUGUUGCUAAGUUGCCAUCAAGCCAAUCUGCUUCGAUCAAUGAUUACGAUCAUGUUGAACAUAUCGAAGAAGACAAGGAAGUCAAGAUCCAAUAA